AUGGUAAACUGGACCUACAGCAAGGCCUUCGUUCUCCUGUACUUUGCGGUGAUGUGGCCAAACCAGAAUGUGUACGGAAUAACUAAGCAGGACGCGGCCCGAUUGAAAAACAUCGCCUUCACAAAAUUCAACCCAGCCUACUUGGAAAAACGUAGGUUUGCCGUCAGUGCGCUGAAAAAUCUUGGAAUGAAAAUGGGACCAGGCAGCGUAGAAGAACACAUCAGAGAAGAGGCUCGUCAGCUCUGUCUGAAGCUGUCCGAACAAGGGGACGCACAUCCACGUGACAUCGCCGACAGCCUGACUGUGUCAGUCUCCAACAUCGUCUGUUCCAUGGUGUUCGGAAAACGUUACGACCACGAUGAUGAAAAGUUCGUCGAACUGAUGAAGAUUGUACACAAGGUACUCUCCCAACUUGAACAUGGAUCCAGUCAGCUGAUGAUGGUGUUUCCCUUUCUCCGAUUCAUACCAGGAGUAAACUCAACAAACAGGAUUCUUGUUGAGUGCAUUAACAAAGUCCACGAAUUUCUUCGACAAGAAAUUACGAAGCAUCGCGAGAUCCUGGAUAGCGAGAAUCCACGAGACUUCAUCGACCUUAUCCUCACCGAACUACAGACCAAGGAGAAAACCGACUGUUUUACAGAGGAGAACAUUGUGUGGAUAAUUCAAAAUAUGUUUUUUGCUGGAACGGAGACCACAGCCAACACCUUGCGAUGGGGCAUUCUCUACAUGGUUCUGUGUCCAGAAGAACAGCAGAAGGUCCAAUCUGAGCUGGACAGUGUCCUGGGAACAGACCAUGACGUGCCCACCCUGGCCCACAGGUCCCAGCUGCCGUAUACCGAGGCUACUAUCAUGGAGACCCAGCGAAUCCGACUUGUGGCUCCCCUUAAUGCUCCUCAUGCUCCUAACGAGGACACGACCUUCCGAGGCUAUGAUAUCCCAGCGGGAACGCAGGUCCUUACCAACCUGUGGUCAGCUCAUAUGGACCCAGAAUACUGGGCGAACCCAGAGAAGUUUGACCCCCGUAGGUUUCUGGACACCGAAGGCAAGGUGGUCAGUAGGCCGGACUCAUACCUACCCUUUUCUGCUGGCCGCCGUGUCUGCCUCGGUGAGCAGCUGGCUAAGAUGGAGCUCUUUCUGCUAUUUUCUUCCCUCCUGAAACACUUCACCUUCAAGUUGCCAGAGGGCGCCGCUGCACCUUCGGCCGAUGACUGCAUGAGAGUGACCCCGCCAAGAGUGAAUAUGUGCAUCACUCGGCGCUAGGGUGCUCAAUUCAAAACAAAUUGUGAAGAUUAUUGCCAAUACACAAGUUAACAUGUAUAAAACGGUGUAAAAUGAUUCUAUUGUAUAACUGUUGACGCUUUGAUAUAUAAAUUAUGCACAUUGUAAAACGGAAUCAGAAAAUAUCUUCUGUUUGAUCAUACCGCGCCUUGUUACUGCAGAUAUACCUUUUUAGACCGGCUAAACGUUUUCCAUUUAUGAUGGUCUUCUACAUCAUACAUACAUACAAGCGCUACCAAAAAUAUAACC